GCGUUGGAUCUCAUCUUGAAGUUGGGUGAUACGGUCCAUGUGCGAGAGUUCCUGCAGCAUGGCGCUGCCGGAGGGGCAGGGAGCUUGUGUGGCGAAUCGGAAUGUCCUUUGUCCUUGGUUGUACGUUUGACAGUUUGGAUCGUGACGCUUACUCAUCAUACUCACACUUAAGCUUGAUUUGCUACGACCAUCAUGGGGAAUGAUGGAGGCAGCAUUCCGGACAGACGCGACCUCGUAAAGAGCAAAAAGAAGGCAGAACAAGCAGACAAGGCAAAUCAGACUCGUGCUGUAUGGUUUUUCUGUGCUCUUUCAAAGCGUCCCUUGCAAGAACCUAUCGUGUCUUGUGCUCUUGGGAAACUGUAUAACAAGGAUGCUAUAAUUGAGCAUCUGCUUGAUAAGACUGCCUAUGGAGAUGCGGCGAAAAUAUGCGGACACAUACGUUCAUUGAAGGACAUUAAACUCCUUAAACUAACCCCAAGAUCUCCACCUCCUCCGCCUAAUUCAUCUGCCGAUGUCGCCAAGUUCGUGUGCCCGCUCACGUUCAAGGAAAUGAACGGCGGACAGCCCUUCGUUUACAUCUUGACUUGUGGAUGCGUUUUCUCUCAGUCUGGUCUGCGUACCGUCCUUGGUUCAUCGCCUUCGAACGGGAACACCGCGGCUGCAGAAAGUUCAGCUGCCGAGGAUGAACAGCUAGAAGUCUGUCCACAAUGCGGGACCAAAUUCUCUAGGUCGUCUAACAUUUUCAUGAUCAACCCACCCUUGGAAGAGGAGGAACGUAUGUACGCUGCGAUGGAACUUCGUCGUUCACUAGAGCCUGUGAAGAAGUCAAAGAAGCGUAAGGCCGGUGUGGAUGUUGUGGCUGACGAGGUCGCUACCAAGAAGAACAAAGCAUCCCCGGAGGGUCACUCGCCUUCUCCAGCGCCGGGUUUGAACCCGAAGAUAUCUGCAGCAUCGCGAUCUCUUGCUCAGAGUCUUGCUGUGGAAGAGGCGAAGAGGAAGGCUGGUAUGAGCGAUGCGGUCAAGUCGUUAUACCGCAGCAAGAACGAUGCUCCUAGGAAGGAAACAUUUAUGACUAUGGGUACUUUUACAAGAUAUGCGUAAAUACCGACUUUUAUCGGGUGUAGCUCACAGAUGCAGUGUGUGUAUGAUACUGUAUUAAUUUAUAAAUUUUGUAUGAUCCUUAGAUGUAUAGGUUCUGGCCACUAACUUUUUCAGCUUUAGCAAGGAUCAGAUCCUUCCAGGUGCGAUGAAUCAGAUGGCGUCCUGCUAUCUCAAGAACUCAUU